AUGGUGGAGGAUGGUCUUGGAGACUCUGAUAGUGAAGGAAAUCUGGAAUUAAAACCCAAGCCAAGAUGGGCAAUACCACAACGCUUAGAUUUCAUGACUUUCGUUGGCCACGAAGUGUUUGCGGUGGCGCAUGAUGUUAACAUUAUAUUUUUUAAUUUCAAAACGCAAGGAGAGUUCGUUUACGUAGCAAAUAAUCAAGAGAAAGGACACAGAUCAAAUAUAUUUACGUUUGCGGAAAAAGUGAAAAAUCCACGAAUUUUCAUCCUUCAAUAUCCGUCAUUUCAUAUAUUAGCAGAACUUAAAGAUACAGACGUAAACCGCUAUAAGGGUCUUUGUAUGAUGGAGUGCGACCUGGUAGCCGGCUUCAGCGGCUUCCCCAACUACAUCCUGACCGUCUGGAGCUGGAGAACUCAUCAGCGACUCAUCAACGUACCCACGGGGGUGGUGAGACGCCAGCAGAUUUACAUGGCGAGUCGGUCCCACAUGCUCGUGUGCGAGUGUUGGGGGGAAGGGCUCACGGUGUGGGAGGUGGCGCAGUGCUACAAGCGCUGCAUGGUGCUGCGGCGCACCAAGCCCCCGACCAGCGGCUGGGAGGUCGCGGAGCCCGCGCUCGUGGGCGUCUGCUGGAGCACCGAGGGGCAGCUGUACGCUAUCGACGGCAGGGCCAAUCUGUAUAGCCUUCUCUCUGACGGCAUCGCAAUGGUCACAAACCUAGAUUGGUCCGGCGAUCUUAAAGGAUCUAGAAAACCUUGCAUGUGCACAUUUGGCCACGGAAUACUUAUCUACGGUCCUGAUAAACAUCUUCGGUAUUUGAAGAAAUCGGAAACGCACUGGCACAUUACCUGGCAGUACACGCCCAUCGACGUAGUGGAGCGGCUUGUGUCGAACGCGGCGGCGGACCUCGCCGUCAUGUGGACCGAGCGCGGGUUCGUGUUCCGCCUCGCGGGGGACGGGGACGAGAGGCUCGAUGUCAAGCUGUUUAGCUUUAAGCAAAGAAACAUCAUAAAAAUUCAGCUCAUAGCACCCGAUUACAAUCAUAUCGCUACCAUGAACAAGGAUGGCGUGCUCUGUAUUUAUGAAGUGUUUACUGCAAAGCUGGUUCUAGUAAAAUAUGUGGAAGGCAAUGAUAUAUCCUUCCAAGCGAGUCCGGUGGAUCCACUCCUCAUUAUUUUCGGGGAAGUUGGCCACAACUACGGCAUGGCGCUGUACCAAUUCCUCCCACCAGACCUUCGGAAGGUCGGCAGCGUGUGCCUGACACACCAGAUCGUAUCCAAGGUUGUGUUCUCCCCUGGUGGAAGAGAGUUGGUGGCUGCUGCUAUGUCGGCUGGCCAUAUAUUUAUUUAUAAGUUAUCCGAAGAUUACAAGCUAACCCUUGUCCGUUACACGGAACUGGGUCGUGGGUUGGCGGACUGUUUCCUCAUGCAAGUUGGAGAGGCGAUGCGGGCGUUCAGCCUGGUGCUAUUCUCUGAUAAAUAUCCUAUUGGUGAGCGCAUAAUCUGCAUAAACGCAGACUCGGGCAAGGACAAUAAAUUCGCGGGCAAGAUGGCCGGCCCGUACUCGCGCCUGCUGCCGCUCAGCGGGAAGGACAUGGCGGUAGCCAUACCGCAUUUGUCCACGAAAGCUCACGUGCUGAAACUGUCGGGGGAGAAAGGAGUAACAGUAUCCGUGAAAAUGGCGCCCAUAAUAGAAACUGGCCAUGAACUCAAGUAUUAUGAUGGAUUCUUUAACUCGGGAGCUCUUCUCACUUUUGGGUAUGAUGGGACUGUUGUGAUACGACAGGCGCAUGGACCUCAAGAAUACGAACUAAAGCUAUCGGCCACCCACCGCUACGAGAGCGGCAUACGGGAGGCGAUCAUAGACGCCCACAACACGUACAUAGCGCACCUUGCUGGUAACGGCACAGUUGUGGUGCAGUACUUGCAUGGCCUGCGAGUGGACUUGCAGACCGAGCUGCACCAUGAACCACCAGCUUUGGAUCUGUUUGAAGAGGCCCUUAAUACUAUCACUAUCAUUGGGGAGAGAGAUAAAAACUACCUAGACCUGCAAGAGGACAAGAAAGUUCGUGAAGAAGCGAUGGAUUACAAGAAACAGCGCGAGGAGGUGGUCAGGUCCUUCGAGUCGGUUCAGUCUCGAGUGGUGGCUUUAUUAGAGGAAAAUAUAGCGGAAAUACCAUUGCACCAGCUGUCAUUGUCGGAGUUCAACUUGCAUCUAGAGAAUAAGAAGGAGAGACUGAAGCAGGCAGAGAAAGAGCGAGAACAAAUCAGAUUGGACACCGAAGCGCGUAUCCGGGCUCAGGACAAAGUGACCGCGUGGAUUAAGGCCAACUGCUGGGACACUAUGCUCACUCCGCGAGUCAAAUUGUUCGCUAUAUUCAGCCAUUAUCAGGUGGAAAACUACGCAGUGCUACCAACACAGAGAGACAAUUGGCCAGAACUGCAACAGGUAGAAGCACUCAGAGGUGUGGAAAUGGAUAACGACACCGAUUUGUUUCGUCCGUGGGAGGAAUACGUGGAGAAACCCAGCGUUGAGGAUGUUUCUAUACCAGCCGGCCCCGAAUCGGUGAUAUCAAUGAAGUCCGCUCACAAGAGCAUGGAGAGUCAGAUGAUAGCUGAUGCACUAGUAUCGGAAGAGUCACUAGGAGGUUCCCCGUAUGUGCUCGCAGGGUCUAAUGCGCACCUGUUUGUGGAAAUACCCACGUUCAUGAUACCCCAGACUGUGGCGUAUAGUUUCCUCCAAAUGAACUGGUUGCAGCAUAUCGUCAAGUUGAACGUGCAAAACAUGCGGCUGUGGUUCAACAAGCAAUUCGAUGAUAUGAUGAAUCAGAAGAAACGCGAAGUUGGCCUCGUCGAAGAGAGGAACGCGAGACUGCGCUUUAUCAUAGAUGAACUGAACAAGUUAUCGGACCUUCGUGGCAGUUUCCAUCAUUUAACGAUACUAAUUCAAGAUCCUGAAUGGAGACAAGAAGAACAACCGAAUAAGUUGAUAAAAGUAGAACCAGAAGAGUGUAGCAUUGAACCAUAUAUAAGCCCAAGCCAAAUAGUGAUUCCGCCUCCAGACCCCGGACCAAAAGAUGAUUUUCGUGAGCGUGCUCUCAUAGAAAUGAUGGAUGGUGUUCUUGAAAAACUGUGGCAUGAAGAGAUCAAAAAACCUAUACCAAUGCCUCAGUGUAUGCUUGACAAAGACCCGGAACAUUUCAAUGAAGAUGACCUGCGCCUUGUUUUUGAUUAUGAAGCAAAGGUAGCGUUUAGAAAUGAGGAACGCGAAAAGUAUAGAAAGAUGUUGCACGCUGAAUACGCUAAGCUUUCACAAGUACUGAAUGAGGGCAUUGUUAAAUUUAACCAAAAGGUGAAAGAAAUGUGGUUAACGAAACUUCGAGUCGAUUCUGUUAUCGGUCAAGAAAAUCUUAACUUGAUGCGCCUGCGGAGGAUAAAUUUGGAUCGAACGGAAAUGGCUGAAAAAUUAGAGGAAAUGAGAAAUGAUAUAAGCAAGACAGAAGCAGAAUUGGAGGCUCUUCAACAAGAGUUGCACAUGAUCCAGCAAGAGAGCGAAGACUGUCAAGCCACGUACGAGAGUCUAUCGCAAAAGGACAGGCAUUUGGACAAGACUUUCAAAAAUCACUUUGCUGAUCUGUCACCCAUUAUUGUGGACCAGUGCUAUAAAUUUUUCAAGAAGCGCCCCAAGUGGCACCAGCGCGCGAGCAUGACGCCGGCCGUGCUGUACGAGCUGGCGGGCGCCGUGCUCAGCGGCGUGCGCCCGCCGCUGCUGCACGCCGACUGCUCGGACUUCUUCAAGGGUGUGGAACAACUAGAUCAAAUCAGCAACAUGCCGCCCGUCAUGGACGAAGGGCUGUGGGCCACCAUGUGCAAAUUGCGGCGCGUUAAGAUCGAGAAUGAAAUACGGAUGCGCGGCGUGUGCCAAGAGAUGGGGUACGUGGAGAGCGCGGGCGGCGCGUGGCGCGGCGCCGGGCAGGCGCGGCGCGCGCGCCUGGCGCGGCUCGCGGACGCCGUGCGCCACCACAGGGAGACCGUCGAGUUCGCCGCCAGGAACAAGACGCUGCAGGUAGUCCUGCCAGCGGGACAAGUAGAAAUAGUGACGACUGGCCACAUGGAGGAUUAUGAGGACGCCACGCUCAUCCUGCGAGAGGACAUCGAGCAAAUCAACAACCUUAUUUUGAAAGUGGGAGACUGGAAGCUGCGCAUGAUGCGAAAACAGAUGGACUUCCGCAAGGGCAUCCUGGCCAAGGAGUGGGAACACGCGCAGAUGAAGAUGAAGCUGCGCCACAUGGAGCAGGAGCUCUACUCUUACCAGAGGCUCAAGGUACCAAAAGAACUGCAACUAUAUCUGAAGAACAAGGAAUUGGGCUACACGGACGAACAGGACUACCUGCGUAUGGAGAAAGAGAUGGAAGCUUCUAAAGUUUCCGUUAACAAAGUGCUUGCACAGCUCAUCAGGAGGGUCGAAGAAUUAGAGAUAAAGAUCAACGCUUUAGAGGCGCAAGCGCAGGACUUAGAGAAACUGAUCGUCAGCUUAAACGUGAAGGUCUCGGAGAAACGACUUCACGAAGACCCGCUCGAGCCGAUCCGUAUACGACGCAUCUUUAAGAAACGUAUGGAAACACUGGUGAUGCGCAGCAAGCUAAUACGCGACGUGCAAGACAACCACACUAGCGUGGUGUUGCUGCAGACCCAGCUGGAGCUGCUGCGCCUCAAGACCUUUCCCACCCUCGCUAGCUUCAGAACCCUGGAGUAGAUGGAGAGGAUAGCUGAUACCAAAAAUAUGUUUCCUGACUUUAGGCUCCGACCUUGUAGUUAAAACUGCACAAGACUUGACAUUCAGCUCUAAUGCUGAAAUAGGUAGAAUGUAUAUUCAUUCAAAAUAUGAGUUUCCAAUUCAAAUGGACAUAUUUAUGUGGGUGGCAUGUUUUAUAUGGGUACUCUAUAAGUUUUCAAGAAAAUGUUUUCAUUUAAGAAUUGAAUAUGUUUACGU